AUGAGCGAGUCGGACAUCGCUCCUGGAUACUACUACCUGGACACAGAGCAGAAGGACAAAGACCCGAAGGUUCUUCGAAAGGAGAAGUUGAUGUUAUGGGUUGCGAGCAAUUGCAACGACACUAGCUGGGCCAGGAGAGAUUUUGUGCAAGAACUCCAGACGUACUUGCCGAUCGACACCUAUGGUCUAUGCGGGCAUCUGGACUGCCCCCGCUCGGAGAAAGAAUGCUGGGAAAUGCGGGGACAAUACAAAUUCCACUUAGCUCUAGAAAACAGCCAAUGUCCAGAGUACAUCACUGAAAAGCUCUGGUUUAACUCUCUCGCCGUCGGCACCGUUCCGAUUGUGUUCGGAGCGCCGAAAGCCGAUUACGAGCGACUGACUCCGCCUCACUCGUUCAUACACCUCGAUGACUUCAAGACCGUUCAAGAGUUCAUCGACUACAUCCAUCUCCUGGAUCGCGACCAGCAAAAGUAUCUGGAGUACUUCUCGUGGAGAAGGUUAGGUCACGUGAUGAAGGGGUCAACCAUGUUGACCAAUCACACUGCGGAUAACGGAAAGAUCUUGUGCUUUAUUAUCAGGACUUUGCUCAUAAAAUCAUUGUUUCCAGAGAUGUACCAGUGGCAGGCUCGCCAUCCUGUGUUCUACGAUUGGUGGUACGGGAUGUGUAGGGAAGAUACGCAGAAAACACGCAUUAUGGAUAUUGAUGUAACCAUGAAAACAGAUAUUGCAGUCUAA